UCACAAGAAAAGAAAAAAGAAAACGUAACUCGCUCAUCCAAAACUAAACUUAAAACCACACAAAGUCCUCCACGCACGCUUGAACUUUCCGCCUGGGGGCGGACUCACAGACUAGGAUUCACUUCUGACACCAAAACACUCUUAAACCACCAGCAAACGGAUAGACCUCUGAAACCAAACCCAAAAAUUAAAAGAAUUCUGUUAUCUUUCUAUUUUUGGUUGUUGCCUGUGAAUUCUGAGAACCCAUUUCUGAUGAGACGCUGAGUGACGAUACCCACUGCUCAAAAAUUCUUAUUUUUUGAGUCUGCAUGAGGGGGAAGGAACCCAUUUGGUCCUCCUUCAAGCCAGAGUACUUGAAGAAGCAACCAUGGCUGCUAUGUUCACCAAUACCCACUCACCCCCUUUUGGUUUCUUCAAAUUUUCGCUUCGCCAAGUUUCUCUAUCGGCGCCGCCUUCUCGAGUUCGCCAUCGCUUCGCUUCUCCCAGAAGGUUGAAUUUUCACCCUCACAGUUCCUGCAGGUUUGACAAUUUAGUUUCAAGGUGUUCAAUAACAAACACGGACCUACAGUUCAACCAGGUUGCCACGGAAGAUGAGCUCCUAGAAGAUUUUUCAGCAGUUGAAUCUAACUGUUCAGUCCCGAUUGUUCAUCUCAAAUCCGAAAUUCUUGAGACUGAAUCAUUGAAUUUGCUGACUGAAGAGACUUAUGUAGACAGUCUAUUGACGAAAUUGCCUGUUUUAUCAGAGGACGAGCAAAAUGCCCUCGCAGCUACUCCAGCCCAUCCAGCAGGAUUAUAUGCUCUUUAUGCCAGUUGUGUUGCUGGAAAUUUAGUGGAACAACUUUGGAACUUUGCUUGGCCUUCUGCUAUUGCAUUGCUACAUCCGAGUCUUCUACCGGUGGCCGUCAUAGGAUUCUUCGCUAAGCUUGCAAUAAUUGGUGGGGGCCCUUUGGUUGGAAAAUUUUUGGAUAACUUUCCCAGAGUACCGGCAUAUAUUUGUCUGAAUGUUGUGCAGGCAACUGCACAAUUAUUAUCUGCAUCAAUGAUAAUUUAUGCCCAUACCGUUCCUCAUUCUUCUGCAUCGUCCAUGCUUCUCCGUCCUUGGUUCAUUGUGCUGGUAUUAGCCGGGGCUGUUGAAAGGCUAUUUGGAGUCGCAACAGGGGUUGCUAUGGAGCGUGAUUGGGUCGUGCUGUUGGCAGGAAUAAAUAGGCCAAUUGCACUUGCGAAAGCUAAUGCUAUUCUAAGUAGAAUCGAUCUCUUAUGUGAGAUAGUUGGAACAUCCCUAUUUGGUGUUCUUCUCUCAAAGUUUGACCCGGUGACUUGCUUGAAGUUUGCUGCCAGUUUGAUGUUAUGGUCAUUGCCCGUUGUGGUUGUUCUCACAUGGUUAACCAACAAGCUCUCUACCGGUGUUCUUGAUCGCACUAAAACUUCACAAACCUAUUGCAAAAUAUCCACUGGGGAACCUUUGCCUGAUGAUGACAAUAUAGUGGAUAUAAGUCUGGAAGCUAUUAAACAUGGGUGGAAGGAAUAUAUGCAGCAGCCAGUUCUUCCUGCAAGCCUGGCCUAUGUGCUCCUCUACUUCAACGUUGUUCUCACUCCAGGCAGUUUGAUGACAGCAUACUUAACACAGCAUGGCUUAAAUCCAUCAAUUAUAGGGCUGUUUAGUGGAUUAUGCGCUUUUAUGGGUGUUGCAGCAACAUUUAUAUCUGCGGACUUAGUCAGGCGAUUUGGCAUUUUAAAGGCUGGAGCAAUUGGAUUGUUAUUUCAGGCUUCACUUCUCACCAUAGCUCUUGCUGCAUAUUGGAGUGGUUCUGUUGCCCGGAAUAGUUCCCUUCUUUUCUUUUUAUCUUUGAUUGUAUUAUCGAGAUUAGGACACAUGUCAUAUGAUGUUGUGGGGGCACAGAUUCUGCAAACUGGGAUCCCUUCAGGAAAAGCAAAUGUUAUUGGGACAACAGAGGUUGCGGUUGCUAGUUUGGCAGAGUCUGUGAUGUUAGCAGUUGCAAUAGUCGGAAACAAUGCUUCACAUUUUGGUUUCCUUGCAACGCUGUCACUAUUAUCAGUGGUUGGGGCCGCAUGGAUGUUCUGCCAAUGGUUAUUGAAUCCAACGGAUGAACAAAGAAGUCUUUUCUCUUUUGACCCUUGGUUUUAGUUCUCAUGUUGAUCUGUGGCUUUUCCUUUUGGUGCAAAGGCUGGUUUUUGACAUAAAUUGGAGUCCAGAGAUAUAUAUAUUAAAUAUAUAUAUAUAUAAAUGGCCCUUUUUAGAUUGUCCACAUUUAUCCAUCUACAGGACUGGAGGUAUAUAUUCUUAACUCGCUCAUCUGCUCACUGUUUGUAUGGUCAAAUCGGUGAGCUGUGUAUCUCUGUUACACCCCUUUGUAUUAUAUGAAAUAGAUUAAUGGUAUGAUUUUCACUGGUGUAGGGCCGCAGUUGUACAAACAUUUGAAUACAUUAUUUUUAAAGCAUUUGAUUAAUUCAGAUUUUA